AUUUCACCAAUAGAAACAGAAUCACAAGGCAAGAACCAAGUCGUGUUAAUUUCCAUUCAUAUCAUUGGUUUCAUUUCCCUUCAUUUUUAUUCUUCUCUUUGUUUCUUUUUCCAACUAGCUACUGGUCCAGCUGUUUAUUACAUUUCACCCUUCUUUAUAUUAUUUGUUGGAAACUGAAAUCAGGAAGAAGAAAAAAAUUGAUCUCAGACCUGUUAGUGUUAGAUUUAGAUUCCAAUCAUGUCUACCAGAUAGAAGUCAAAGAACAAAUUUUUGGAGGAUUUUCUUUCAUGCUGAUUGAAAAUCUGAAAUCUUUGCUGUGAAGGGUGAUUCAAAGGUGUGAUAAUGGAGGAGGAAAAUCAGGAAGAUCCAUGUAGUGAAUCUAUGGAGGAAGAUGAAUCCAAAAGGGGGGUUUGGGACUGUUUUUGCAUCCCAAUAAAUUGGUUUAGCAUGCUUUCUAGGGAAAUGCAUUGGAGCUUUGUGUUUGGGGUGGUGGUUGUUUAUGGAAUAAGCCAGGGACUUGGUGGAGCUCUUGCUGAAGUUGGGACUAAGUAUUACAUGAAAGAUGUUCAGAAGGUGCAGCCAUCUGAGGCACAGAUUUAUAAAGGAAUCACAUCCAUUCCUUGGAUUGUGAAGCCUCUUUGGGGUCUUCUCACUGAUGUUCUCCCAUUUUUCGGGUAUCGCAGGAGACCUUACUUCAUUUUUGCUGGUUUCAUAGGAGUGAUUGCCAUGCUUUUGUUAUCUUUGCAUGAAAACCUGCAUCUUGUGUUGGCCCUUUUGGCAUUAACAGCUGGGAGUGCUGGGGGGGCAAUAGCAGAUGUGACCAUUGAUGCCUGUGUGGCACAGAACAGUAUCUCUCAACCCUCACUUGCUGCUGACAUGCAAAGUUUAUGUGCCUUCAGUUUAUCUGUUGGAUCACUAAUUGGUUACUUCAUUAGUGGUAUCUUUGUUCACUUUCUAGGCCCUAUGGGGGUGUUUGGUCUGAUGACUAUCCCAGCUGGACUUGUAAUUUCGGUUGGUUUUCUGCUUUAUGAGCCUCGUAUGCACAACACAUCUUACACACAGGUGAAACAAAAUUUUAUUGAUGCUGGCAAGGCUAUGUGGACUACAUUGAGGAGUGAAGAUGUAUGGGGGCCUUGUUUAUACAUGUAUUUAUCCCUUGCAUUGAGUUUGGAUAUUCGUGAAGGAAUGUUUUAUUGGUAUACAGACUCAAAGGGUGGACCAUCUUUCUCUCAGGAGAGUGUUGGUUUUAUAUUUUCAAUUAGUUCUGUGGGGGCUCUUUUAGGUGCAAUACUAUACCAGUAUGCUCUAAAGGAUUAUGCAUUCAGGAACUUGCUAUUCUGGACUCAGUUGAUUUAUGGCUUGUCAGGGAUGCUUGAUCUGAUUCUGGUCUCGAGAUUGAACCUUAAGUUUGGCAUACCAGAUUAUUUCUUUGUUGUGAUUGUUGAAAGCAUAGCUAAAAUGACUAAUAGGCUCAAGUGGAUGCCUAUGCUUGUGCUUAGCUCAAAGCUUUGUCCCUCAGGUAUUGAAGGCACUUUUUUUGCUCUCCUAAUGUCAAUUGAUAAUGUUGGACUUCUCUCAGCAUCAUGGGGUGGUGGCUUUGUUCUCCACAUGCUCAGGAUCACAAGAACAAAGUUUGAUAACAUUUGGUUGGCGAUUUUGAUCCGCAACAUUUUAAGGAUUGCUCCACUUUGGCUCCUGUUUUUGGUGCCUAGAGCUGACCGCAGCUCUUCAAUUCUUCCAUGUAAAAGCAUGAAUUCAGAGGUGGCUAUCGACCCUUCAGACACCAAAAAUGUUGAAUUGGUGUCCCUUGUACACAGUGUUGAUGGUAAAUAGUGGAAUGAAAAGACAUUCUUUUGGAUUCUCAAUUCCAAAUACACGAAAUUACCAAGCCAGUGUAGAAUUAAACGUGCAAUUUGUUUGGAUUUAAUGUGGAAAAAAAAUAAGAUGAUUUUGAGAGGACAGAUCUGUGUAGCUUAUGUAGUUUGAGGGUGAAGGGACAUCCAAGCAAGAGGGAUUCCCUAAUGAAUAUUAAUCGGUGGUGGGAUAUUUAUGUAAAGUAAGCCCUUGGUAUAUCUUUAUGCGUCGAUCUCAAUAAUUUUGGUUAGGAAACAAAACUGAAAAUCAAAUUUUAUAGAUAUUUGUUAUUUUUGGAUUUAAUGAUCAAUUGAUUGAUAUUUUUA